AUCCAUCAAACCCUUUCCAAUCAACAUCAACGGCAUCUGCGGCUGCAGCUUCUCGAAGAUCCCAAUUUCGUGGGUACGGCCACCAACGUCAUUAUUCAAUGCCCGCAGAAUCGCCUAGUCUAGGUCCAGGUGAACCCCCAUCAUUACAGCCAACCCAAGCCAGGAGAGGUUCGCAGUCGAGUAUUGAUUUAGGCGCCAUUGAGUCUCAUACUAGAAAACAUAGUGGUUCUCAAAAUAAUCAAUCACCCAUGAGUGGAGCUUCAACACUACAGGUUAAACCAAUUCCUGCACAGCCAUUACAUAAGCAAAGUAGACUGGCUCUACCACCUCUGCAAGAAUCUAUGACUUCAUUUCAGCACAUUAUCCAAUUCCAUCAUUGGAAACCUCAAGGGCCUCAAGCUUCAAAUUCAGGAUUAACCAAGGGGAUUAAUUCUAAUACCCAAGGAUUGCAUAAAAGACACAAAUCCAUGUCGAGUGGAAAUGAAGAACGUGAGCCAUUAUUGCCAGCUCCAGAUAUCGAACAAUCAACCACCACAAACACAAUUUCAAGCAUACCAGAACAAACUGUUUCUGGUUCAUCCACCACUACCACACAAACUACAAAGUCAAGGCUUGGGGAUGAUAUUGACCCUGAUCUGUCCAUGGAUACGACUGUUAAUGAGGAAAGUGAACUAAAAAUAAUACCUGAGGAUGUUAAUCCACCACUGUCAGCUCUCGGCCAUUCACGACAACAACUGAAUGUUGGAAGAUAUCCUCAUGAUAUAUUAUCACCUAAUAAGUAAUUAAGGAAAGAGGUAUUGUGAUUAAGCUGUAAUAUUUAUUGAAUUUUAUGUAUUUACGAAGUUGAUUUUAUAGAAAGUACUAUUAUUUUUCUAUGUAUAUUUUUUAAGAGUAUAAUUUUUCUUAU